AUGGAGGUUCUUUGCCAAGAUGUAGAUAAGCAGCAGAUAGAGGGACCUCUGGAGAACAAAGCUUUUUUUGUUCAGGAAGGUUUACCAUCAGUGCCAUAUUUGUAUAAGUUUACAUUUGAACCUCCUACUGUCAGCUUGCGACUAACUGGAGAGACAGAUGGGAUCAUACAGAUUCGGCCAGAUGGAGUUUUGUAUCUUAAUGGAUCUCUGGACUGGGAAACAAAAAAAGUCCACACCCUAGAGAUCGAAGGCCUGAACGCAAAUGGACAAAGAGUGAAAGGCCCCUUUACUGUCCUCAUAGAAGUGAAAGACAUCAAUGAUAACCCACCCCAGUUUGAUCAACAACAAUAUUUUGGAGUAGUGAGACAAAACUCUCGGCCAGGAAAAAUCUUCAUGUAUGUCACUGCUUCAGAUCGCGAUGAUCCCAGCACGCCACACGCCCAGCUCAGCUACAGCCUCCGUCAACAUUUCCCCAAUCCUUAUCACGUUAUGCUUUUCCAGAUUAACAACGUCACAGGCGCAAUUUCAACAACUCCUGCUGGAGCUCAGUAUUUAGAUCCAACAAGUGUGAACGUUUUUAUCCUCGUUGUGGAUGUGUAUGAUAUGGCAGGACAGUCAGUAAAUGCCUUCAACAGUCAUGUAGAUGUGAAUGUCACUGUGUUGGAAAAUCUGUGGAAGUCACCACCACCAGUAAAGAUCAAGGAAAACUCCACAGAACUGCAUCCCAUCAGCAUCAGUCGGGUACAAUGGAAUUAUCCAGGUGUAACGUAUCAUAUCUUAUCAGAAGAGAUGUCUCCUAUUAAACCUCCAUUUAUGAUUGACCGGAAUGGGACUAUCUACGUAACACAAUCUCUGGACAGAGAACAAAAAGACAGUUAUUCAUUAUCCAUAAUCGUGAAAGAUGACGAUGGAGACUUACAGUUGUCACGUGCAGUGACUCUUAAUGUCACAGUAGAAGACAUUAAUGAUAAUCCCCCUGUGUGUGGCAAACGCUUGACUAAAUUUGAAGUUCAGGAGAAUGAAAUCGUAGGAAAUUUGAUAGGAGUCUUUAGUGCUACAGAUGCAGACCAAGAAAAUACUCUUAAUUCACGCCUACAGUACCAGAUUGUGGAUCAAACCCCCCAAAUCCCUACAGAGAACAUGUUCCGCAUUGAAUCAGGAACAGGGACAAUCAACCUAUUUAGUAAUGCAUUAAACAAGCAGCUUGCCUCUAAUUAUUCACUGAAGGUGAAAGUGACAGAUCCAGUUUUCCAAACACUGUGUGAUGUGCAGAUAAAUGUCAUUGACAUCAACGAUCAGAUCCCAAUCUUUGAAAAAUCAGAUUAUGGGUCUGUGAUUCUUCCAGAAGACAAACAAGUUGGUACUGUAAUAAUGGAAAUUCAAGCCACAGACACAGAUGAACCAUUCACUGGAAGCUCUCGAAUUGUGUACGCCGUCAAAGCGGGAGAUCCAAACAAUUCUUUUUCAAUACAGACAGAUCGAAAAACAAACAGAGGAUAUGUAAUUAUUAAUAAGACUCUUGAUUUUGAAACAACUCCUGUGUACGACCUUGUCAUCAACGCGACAAAUCCAGAACCCCUUGUGGCUGGAAUACAGUAUAAUUCAAGCUCUCUUACCUACUUGAAAGUGAUUGUCACAGAUGUGGAUGAACCGCCUGUUUUCCUCCAACCUGUUUAUACAGUUGAUAAGUACGAAAAUGUGACUGUGGGUACCUUCAUAACAACUGCAGGGGCCUAUGACCCCGAGGGAGCCCAAGUAAGGUAUGCGCUGAAGAACAAUGACAGGAACUGGCUGCAGAUUGAUCCUCUCAAUGGCACAAUAUAUACUGUGGCUCCACUGGAUCGGGAAACUGAAAGUACCUACUUGGCACGAAUUGUUGCAACUGAGCAAACCACAGCAUCUCAGAGCUCCACAGCACAGCUGAUUCUGCAUCUGAAAGAUGUAAAUGAUAAUCCUCCAUAUCUGGUGAAGGAUUAUGUGUUCUUCUGCCACCCUCUUCAAGGAAAUGAAAGAGCAAAGUUAGAGGUUUCUGAUCCAGAUGAGUCACCAUAUGUUGCAAGAUUCUCUUACAGUCUCAUGGGUGGGACAGAAAUAUUGGAUAACUGGAACCUUUCUAAACCUGAUGGCUUACACAUGUACAUUUCACCAAAGAACCUGAAUCUUGAAGCGAAGGUGUACGAUAUUCCAAUAUGUAUUAAUGACAGAGGAAGGCCGCCAAUGGAAGGAGUUGUCCAUCUGAAAGUGAACCUGUGCCAAUGUGUUGAGGAAAGGUGCUUCGUGGAGCCUGAGGGGCCUCGGCUUCCAACAGUAGGAAUGGCAAUUGGUAUUCUAGUUGCUGUACUAGUUGUUAUUGGUGUCAUUCUGGGGAUUGUGUUCUACCACCUCAAACGUAAAAAGGCAACUCAACAGAAGGUCGCUACAGCCAAUGCUGUUAGCCCAUCUGAACUGAAAAACUUGACGUAAUUGUUUUACUGAAAGGAGAUUUUUUUUAAAGAAAAAGAAAAACAUUCCUUUUGCUAUUGUUGUUGCUGUUCUCUCCCAUUGUUGAAUUUCAGAAGUCUGCUAUGAAUAUGCAAAUACCUUUAUCAUCUUUCACCUCCUACUCAUCCAGGCAGAGGCAUAGGAAU